AUGGCUUCAGCCAUGCCCCUGGCCCUUCUGCUCCUGUGCCUUCUCGUUACUCACGCCUAUGGGUCAAGGCCCGUGCUUCUCCGUUCGACCGAUGACUCCGGUGCCUCGCCGUCGUCGGACGCCUGCCGCCCGUCCAUCCCUUCAGGACACAGCAACGGCAACAAGCUGCCGUUGGUGCACCGGCUGAGCCCCUGCUCUCCUCUCGGCGGCAGCGGCGCGCGGAAGCAUGGCAAGGCGUCGCUGGAUGAGAUCCUCCACCGGGACGGCCUCCCCCUGCGCUACCUCUCCGGGUCUGGGGUCCAGGCUGCGGCCGCCGCAGCUCCUGCCCCUGCCUCCUCGGCCACGCCGGCGUCGGGCCUGUCCGUCCCCGCCACGCAGAACGUCAUCAGCAGCCUCCCCGGAGUGUUCGACUACACGGUGCUCGCCGGGUACGGCACUCCAGCGCAGCAGCUCCCUCUGUACUUCGACGUCAGCGGCAUGUCCAACCUCCGGUGCAAGCCGUGCUUCUCCGGGUCCUCCGGGGCCGCGCCGUGCGACCGGGCAGACGUCGCCCCCGCACUGUCGGACUACUCCGGCCUCGCCGGCGUCAAGUACGUGCCGCUGGUGACCAACCCGAGGGGGCCGAACUUCUACUACGUUGACCUCGUUGCCAUCACCAUCGACGGCAAGGACCUCCCAAUCCCGCCGGCCACGUUCAGGGGCAACGGGACGAUGAUCGACUCGCAGUCGGCCUUCACCUACCUGAACCCGCCGAUCUACGCGGCGCUCCGCGACGAGGUCCGGUGGGCGAUGGCCAAGUACCAGCCCGCGCCGGCGUUCAGCGACCUCGACACGUGCUACAACUUCACGGGGCUCCAGUACAUCGAGCUCCCGGACGUCACGCUCAGGUUCGGCAACGGGGAGACCAUGGACCUCGACGACCGGCAGUUCAUGUACUUCUUCCGCGAGCACCUCGACGAUGACUUCCCGUUCGGGUGCCUGGCGUUCGCCGCGUCCCCCGACACCAAUUUCCCCUGGAACUUGCUGGGGUCUCAGGUGCAGCGGACGAAGGAGAUCGUGUACGACGUGUGGGGUGGCAUGGUUGCCUAUGUCCCCAGCCGCUGCGGGUUGCGUUGA